AUGGCUCCUCUAUUACUCAUGAUUGACAGACUGACUAUCCCACCUUACUUUGUUAACAUUGCUAAGCCAGUAUAUUUGUUGAUGUUAAUACUGGUGAAUCUGUCUCUCUUAUUGGAUUGUGGUAAUUAUGUUUCCAUCGUGCCUAGCUUAUCAUUGCAGCUUGUGCAACAAGUUUCUUCAGAGGAGAUGGGAAUUUUUGAAGAGAUUAAAUCUAUUUUGGGAGAAAAUGAUGGCGAUGAUUCAAAAUUUAUAGCUCCAUUCACUUUGCUCAGCAAAAAUAUUGUGGAGUCCUUUCGAUACGGAGUUGGGGUAGAUUUAUCUUGCCAGAACAGUGAAGCCUAUGAAGCUGGAAUUUUUUAUCUUUUGAAGCACGACAAAGUUCUGAGUAAGAAGGACCCUGUUCCCCAAUUGCAUGAUGUGCCUGAUUAUCUAUUGGACCCAACAACACUGGAGGCUAGCAAGAUUGUUAAGCUUGCUAGAGCUGCUAUAGGAAAUGCCAACCCGAUUGGUCGAAAAUGA